ACGCCAUUUUGGCGCAGAUGGGCUUACCGACUUUUGGUGCUUUCACGCAGGGCAAUGUUCCUAUGCAGCCUGUUCCUACGCAGCCUGUUCCUACGCAGCCUCGUCCACAACCGGAGUUAACGGAAGAGACACCAUGUGAGCUAUGUAAUCAAGGAGAUGGUCAUGGUAGAUUCAUUAUCGUGGCUUAUGGAUCUGUACAGCCCCUAGGGACCGGCCACUAUUGCACAACCAGCCAGUAGCUGAUAUUCACUAUGUGGUCAGCGUUGAAGACAUUGUGACCGGUUUCGAAGCAUUUCCUCUUCCGCUGCCGAAUGCAGCAGUUGGUCUACAGUUAUUGUCUGAUUCCAUUGGCAGUUAUAUUCUAUGGCCGCGUGCAUUGGUGCGGUUAGCAUAUCAGGGUUCGGGGAAGGCCGACAGGAAGGGAAAGAAGGUAGCUUCACCUCAGGGAGGCCGACGUGCCCAAGUGGGAACGAAUUCUUCAGCAAAGUAUCCACUCAUUACGGAUAUGGAGGUGGUGCAACGCCUUACUAAACCGUGCUUCUGGCUACAUGAGUGCAUUAGUGAUGCAGCCGAUGGAGCAAUGAUUGAGAUUAAGUUGUCGCACCACCAAUUCCACUACAUUGAUGAGGAUACAUCGACCUACAUUUGUAAGGAUGAUAUUAAAGAAUUCUUACUUGGGGAAGAGUUGAAUGUUUCCAUGAUACAAACAUUCAUGAGGCUAUUAUACAAUGAUGUGAGGCGAUCUAGUCAGCCAAUCUUUGGUUGGUUAUGUCCAAGCUUUGUACGAGAUGACAGUUGCGUACAAAACGAAAAAGAGGUUAAAGUAUAUCUCAAGGAUUCUUUGAACGCAUGUUCUCGUCUUGGAUAUAAGAUCGUUCUUCUUCCUUACAUUGAAUCGAACCAUUGGACACUCAUUGCAAUAUGUGUGUCAAGUAACGAAGUCUACCACUUUGAUUCUUUGCGUAAAGAAACAAUACGGUCCUUACUAGUCAAAUCAUUGUUAAAUAGUGUGAUGAAGAAGAUUACUUCAUCUGGACUUCGACAAGGAAAAGCUCCUGUUUGGUAUUUAGUCGAGUGUCCGGUACAAGAAGGUGGACUUGCGUGUGGGUAUUACGUCAUGAGGUUCAUGCUUGAUAUCGUCAACUAUUGCAAAGAUGUUGUUGAUCUUCGAAAGGUUUAUGCUAGUUCCAAACCACGUUUGAGGAACUUCACCAAAGAAGAAAUUGACGAAGUUCGGGAUAAGUUGGCGUCCUACAUUACCGAUUGAUUGCAUAGGAUGAGAUUUUCGCUCCAACAAUAAUGUACUAGCUAGUUUCUAUCACCUAUAUAUGUACA